AACAUGUCGUACGAUAUAUUCUGAAGAUAUUUAUAUUUAUUUGGUAACAAAGAAGGAAAGUCAGAUUCUUUAUUAGCUAUAUUUGGGAAGAAACCCUCUUUCCUUUCUUGAAAAUUCAGCCACACACAGUCACACACAAUUCUAAUCAGAUUAAUCUUAAUGGCAAGGCAAAAGAUAAAGAUAAAGAAAAUAGAUAAUGCAACAGCAAGACAAGUGACAUUUUCAAAGAGAAGAAGAGGGAUUUUCAAGAAAGCUGAAGAGCUUUCAGUGUUGUGUGAUGCUGAAGUUGGUCUUGUGAUUUUCUCAACAACUGGAAAACUCUAUGAAUAUGCCAGCUCUAGUAUGAAGGACAUAAUUGCAAGGUAUAAUCAGCACUCCCAACAAUUGAACAAAUUGGACGAACCUUUGCAACUGCAGGUAGAGACAAGCGUGUCAGCUGAAUUGCAUAAGGAAGUUGCUGAUAAAACCCAACAACUAAGGGGAAUGAAAGGUGAAGAUUUUGAAGGGUUAAAUUUAGAUGGGCUGCAACAAUUGGAGAAAAAACUUGAAACAGGACUCAAGCGUGUGAUUCAGAUGAAGGAAAAGAGGGUUAUGAAUGAGAUUGGCACACUUCAGAUGAAGGGUGUCAAGUUAGAAGAGGAGAACAAGCAUUUAAAGCAAAAGAUGGCUAUGUUUUUUAAGGGAAAAAGUCCUAUCUUGGGGGACUUGGAUAAUACCAUGCAGGAAAAUGUUGUUUCAUCAGAGUCCAUGAAUAAUGCAUGCAGCUGCAAUAGUGGACCUUCUCUUGAACACGAUUCUUCUGACACAUCUCUUAAGUUAGGGUUGCCGUUUCCCUAAUUUGCAAUAUAUUUAGUUAUAAUAAUGGAGCAAUGAGGGGUUUUAACUUCUUGUAAGUGAAAUUUUUCUAUGUUUUUCUAAAAUCAUGACUAUGUCUGAUUUUGUAAUGGCCAUUGACCAGCCAUGUUGAAAUUGUCUUUACACCCAGGUGGAAGCAAUAACUUCUUAUAUGUGAAGAAGAAAUUAACUUUCUACGUAAGUCAAAUCAAAUAUAGGUUUGUUGUACCCAAAAAAAGCAUAUAAUUUAUUGUAUAUGUAUGUGUAAGGAAACAGGUUUCCUAUCGUUAUAAUAGGACGUUGUAAUCAAUUGUGAUCAUUCGAUCUAAAAUUAACGACUAAAAUUGUUUUAAUAUAAAAGACACAGUUUUUAAUCUUAUUCGUCCAA